GUGGCUAAGGGCGUGGCAGAAGCGGUCGUCAGGGGCGUGGCAGCGGUUGCUUGGGCGGGGCCGGUAGCGGCGGGAGCUGCACUGACCAGGGUUCCGGCUGUAUUUCCAUGAGCGCCGCUGGCAGCCGCGGAGCUGCAAGAACAAGACUAGGGGCGAGCUGGGCAGCUGUAGUCAACCACACAAAGCUUUUACAUUAGUUUGAAUAAGACAUCUCAGGCCAGCCCGACUGUACAACUCUUCAAGGAGAAUUCACAUUCGCAGUGAGAAGAAUAAGUGAUACAGAUCAAGAUGAAUGCCAUGCCGGAGACCCCCGAGCUCCCAGCCGUGUUUGAUGGGGUGAAGCUGGCCGUAGUAGCUGCCGUGCUGUACGUGAUUGUCCGGUGUUUGAACCUGAAGAGCCCCACAGCCCCCCCUGACCUCUACUUCCAGGACUCGGGGCUCUCACGCUUUCUACUCAAGUCCUGUCCUCUGCUGACCAAAGAAUACAUUCCACCAUUGAUCUGGGGGAAAAGUGGACACAUCCAGACGGCCUUGUAUGGGAAGAUGGGACGGGUGAGGUCACCACACCCUUAUGGGCACCGGAAGUUCAUCACCAUGUCAGAUGGAGCCACGUCGACAUUUGACCUCUUUGAGCCCUUGGCUGAGCACUGUGUUGGAGAUGACAUCACCAUGGUUAUCUGCCCUGGAAUUGCCAACCACAGUGAGAAGCAAUACAUCCGCACCUUUGUCGACUAUGCCCAGAAAAGUGGCUACCGAUGCGCCGUUCUGAACCACCUGGGUGCUCUGCCUAACAUUGAACUGACCUCGCCACGGAUGUUCACCUAUGGCUGCACAUGGGAAUUUGGAGCCAUGGUGAACUACAUCAAGAAGACAUAUCCCCUGACUCAGCUGGUGGUGGUGGGCUUCAGCCUGGGUGGUAACAUCGUGUGUAAAUACUUGGGGGAAACUCAGGCAAACCAAGAGAAGGUCCUGUGCUGUGUCAGCGUGUGCCAGGGGUACAGUGCACUGAGGGCCCAGGAAACCUUCAUGCAGUGGGAUCAGUGCCGGCGGUUCUACAACUUCCUCAUGGCGGACAACAUGAAGAAGAUCAUCCUCUCGCACAGGCAAGCUCUUUUUGGAGACCAAGUUAAGAAACCCCAGUGCCUGGAGGACACAGACUUGAGUCGGCUCUACACAGCAACAUCCCUGAUGCAGAUUGAUGACAACGUGAUGAGGAAGUUUCAUGGCUAUAACUCCCUGAAGGAAUAUUAUGAGGAAGAAAGCUGCAUGAGAUACCUGCACAGGAUUUAUGUGCCUCUCAUGCUGGUUAAUGCAGCUGAUGACCCCUUGGUGCAUGAAAGUCUUCUAACUAUCCCCAAAUCUCUUUCAGAGAAACGGGAGAACGUCAUGUUUGUGCUGCCUCUACAUGGGGGCCACCUGGGCUUCUUUGAGGGCGCUGUGCUGUUCCCCGAACCCCUGACGUGGAUGGAUAAGCUAGUGGUGGAGUAUGCCAACGCCAUUUGCCAGUGGGAGCAUAACAAGUUGCAGUGCUCUGACACGGAGCAGGUGGAGGCCGACCUGGAGUGAGGCCUCUGGACUCUGGCUCCAGCAGCCCUCCUCUGGAACCCACAUCCCCUCAUCCCCUGUUUCAGGUCUCCCAUCUCCCUCAGUGACCUGGAUCUGACCUCACACCAUCAGCGGGGGGGCACCCACCAUGCACACCUGUCUCGGAGUAGGCAACUCUCCCUGGGAGCUCCAGGCUAUUUUUGUGUUUAGUUACUAGUUUUUUCCAUUGCAUUGUUAGCCAUGGUGACAAGUGACACAGUUCUCACCCUCCUGUCCAGUUUCAGCAUCUGAUUGCUUUUAAGCCAAUUACAUCUAGUUUCCCUAUUAAAAAAUGUGUCUGAACAGCAAUUUUGCUUUGCCAAUCAAAAGGCUUUUCCCUGAGAAUAGUGAGGAUGUAUGUCAUUUUGCAGUGGUUGUAUGUGUCCUUACAUAAACCCUGAGAAGAGCUCACCAUUCUGGACCAAUGCUAAAGAUACCGUUCAGCUUGAGAACUUGAGGAGCUGGGCCUCCCAGGCUGGAGUUGGCCUCUUAAAUGGCAAAGGAAAAUCCUUCAAGUCACAAGCCAAGUUUCCUCCCUCAUUGUCUUCUAAAUCAGUUUCCCUGUGCUUUGCUGCGGAUGAGAGUUAUGUGGGGCACUUGUUAAAAAUUCAGCCUCCCAGGUCCCUCCCCUUGUGGAGACUGAUUCAGUGGGUCUGGGAAGGGGUCUGGAGAUUUCAGUUUUUCACAAGUGCCCCAGGGGAUUCUCGUCACCUGGUAAAUUUGGGAAACAUUCAAUAGCACCUUUAAAUCUUCAUAGCUCCUUUUAUUGAAACUCACAGGCAAAGGUGUCUCUUAGCUUCCAGGGGCCUCCAGAGCAGCAAGGCCUGCCCUGUAGCUGCUCCGGGGUGACCACAGUGUGAUGUGCUGUUCCCCGAUGUCUUAGAUUCAUAGCGGUUCUCAACCUGUGGGUUGCGACCCACAGGAACUGUAUUAACUGACCGCAGCAUUAGGAAGGUUGAGAACCAUUGUCUUAGAAGGACCUGGGUGGUAGUGAGCAUCUGGGCUGUGCCCUGCUCUGCUUCACCCUGGACAAGGUCCCUUUGAACUUUAGUUUCUUCACCAAUUAAAAAAGGGGACUUGGACCAGGUAGAAGAUUGCUGAGAUCACUACCCGUUCUAAAGUUCAAUGACAAACUCAGUUUACUGACGUUUGAGAGAACAUCCCUCCAGAGGAGCCUGGGAACUAUUCUCCCACUCUAAGCAUAUCAUCAUUUUGCCUUUUUUUUUUUUUGUUCUUUUUUAUUCAUAUGAAGAGGUUUGGAAUUUUUUUUUAAGCACUCAAUUAUAAUUUUAGUUUUUUAACCCAGGUCUCUCUUACUCUGGCUUUUGAUACCAAACAAUUCAAAAGUUGGAUAUGAGUUUGGAGAAAGGUAUUUCCAACUGAAGAAGGUAUUAUUUUGAAACCAGAUUUUUAAUAGCCUAUAUUUGUGGUCUGUAGGAUAAAUCUUUGCAAAGUGUACCUUCUCAAGAGAAAAUGCCACUCUAGGUUUCAAGUACUCCUUCUGUCCAAUCCUGUGGUACUUGAAUAUCUAAAAACCCUGCACUUUGAAAAAUCAGCAGUUGCUAUCUGGAACUAAACAAACUAUGGUGAAAUUGUUGGAUACUUUAAAAAGAUAUUUUCCUAACUUCAUCUCCUUUCUGUCCAGGACAGACUGGAACAUACGUAGUGGGUCUUUGGGAAUGUUUAAGGGGUAAAGGGAGUCACCUGAACGCCAACCCUCAUGGCCACAGGUGCAUGUAGGUCGGGCAUCAGUCCAAGUGACCGUGACAGUAACAUCUAUAACCUGAGGUUUUCUGACAAUCAACAGAUCAUCCUAUUAAAAUCAAAAACAGCCAUUAUCUCAGAAGAUUGAGAUUUCUGAGCUCUCAACUGUGUUUUGGUAUUUUUCCAAAUUCUGUUAUUAUGACUUUUCCCCCAAGUUGUUAUUUUUCUAAUGCAUUUCCUUUUUGCUUUCUUUUUGCACAAUUUGGCACUUUACCCCUCAAUUCGGAAGCUAGUCCCUCUCCUCUGUUACUUUUCCCUCUGCCCAACCGCAGUUGUAAUCUAGAAAAUUCAUAGUCGUAUUGCCUGUUACUACCUUUAAUUCUUAAGAUUUAUUUGUGGAAAUAGGUAAAUCAAGCAAUAGACUAAUAGGACUGAAUCACCAUCCCAGGAAUAAGAGGCUCCUUUCAUUUGCCUGAGGCCACAUCUCUUAACCUAUUCUGAUGAAGUAGUGGCCAGCCCAGGUACCAGCUCCAUUUAGAAGAAAAGACAGUCCUGUUGUCACACAAACAAGAAGGAAGGAAUCCUUGGAGUGUGGUCUGCAUGGCAGUCCUAGUGACCCUCUCAGAGGAAAAUCAUGGCUGGAGAGGCAUAGCCUUUCUUGUCACACAACCGGAAUUCAUCCACCAGGGCUACAGGGCCCUGUCCCAGCUGAAAUCUUUUUAGCUUGUGACUCUGAAUGGCAAUUACAUUCCCUUUUGGCUCACAUGAAAUCAACUGAAGCCCUUUGUGCAAGCUCUAGGCCCUCAGGCAUUGAAAUGAGAAUGGGACCGGGGCUGUUAGUAUAGGAAAAUUCUUGUCUGUCCCUGAAAGCACAGAGGCAGCUGCAUUUACAGAGAGGCAAACUGGCCUAGUAAAUGAGGGAGCAGCCAUUUUAUUUAUAGGUCAUCUUUUUCCCUCCUCCAGGCUUGUCUUUCUUCCCAAAGUCAUUCAUUUCCAGUGAUAAUGUGAAAGCUCUUCUUGGUGUUAAGGUCGUAUUUGGGCUAAAACAGGGCUGAAUUUUUAGGUUAUUUGAACAUUAUAUUUUAAAAUCAAAUUAAGGAUAUAAAUUGUAUUGAUCUAGACAAUUCUGUUGCAGGAAUAAAACCAAAGGGUGAAAGGAUCCAUCUUUCUCCUAUUAUAUACCCUGCCCCCUAAACAAUUUGGAGAAUAACUGAUCUCAGACAAAUUAGGAUUAUCUGACUUGAAAAACAGUGUCAAUUCUCUGACUCAUUUUUGUUAGAAGGGAGUUUAAACACACUUGAAGAAAACUUUCCGGCUGUGAGUUUGUACCAGUGAUUGCAGAGCAGAAUGAAGGUAGAACUUGUUUGUUGUUACAAUGUUCUUUUAACCUCUCUGAAGCAUUUUAUGUAUUUGCCCGGAGCCUUAUGAGCUACCAUGCAAGUGGAAAUAUACCUGAAAGGGGAGUGUUUCUUUUUUGAUGUGAUGUUACAGAACCAAAGUUCAAGAGACCUAGGUUCUUGUCCUGUCUCUAAUUCACACUGGAUCAUGGGCAAGUCACUUCACCCCUCUGAGCCUGUUCCCUUAUCUUAGACCAUUUCUAAGACUGCAUCAUUUAUUUAUACAUCAUUUGCUGAACAUUUGCCUGAACUUGGCUCUUACAACCUUGCAGAUGAAACAGCUAUGUCAAGGCCCAAUGUCAUCUUGUGGGACUUGGAGGGAGGGAGCUUCUGCAUUAAGCCUGUCCUGGUGGAGAAUUUUGAUCUUGUCCAAAGCCUUGAGUCUUUGGCUUAUCUUCAGGGUCUCCAUCGUCAUCACAAUAUGUAAGCUGUUCUGAGGGUGGUCUUGCGACUGUGGCAGGUGCUGACCGCUACUAUGAGGAGAAUAUCUCCAUCUCCCAAUGUGACUCAGGCAUUGAGAAUUCCCAGGGCAGAAAUUUUCUUCCUGCUCAGCCUUUCAUUCUAAAAUUACAGUCUUCAUUAAGGCUGAACUUUCUGGGUAGCUGAGCUUAUUUGCCUGGCAUCUGAAUGAAAGCUCUCUUUGUAACUGUGACUUGAGAUCUGUUUUGCCAGCUCCAGAAACAAUACAUGUGUUCUUGUUUGUGUUUGCCAUGCAAGCAGAUGUCUGAACUGUGAGGGGCUUUUCUUUUCUGACGGCAUUGAUUCUGACUUAGAGCUAAAGUAAAGAUUGCUGAAACAUCACAUUGGGCUGAAGGAACUCAGAGGUCUUUGUCCUUUACACAGGAUAGGAGGGUUAUUAAGUAGCAUUUCACUGCAGCAUUCUGUCACAUCUGGAAUUGUUUUCUUUGCCCAGAAAGCCUUAACUUGCCUCUAGAAAAUCCCCUGGUAUCACAACUGUAUUGUGGCAUUAGAUUCAAAUUCUUCCGCUAUGGAAGCUUGAAGCAAAGCCACAGCAAAACCAGAGAAUUUCCUCCGUGGGCUGUAGGCUCCUUGUCACAGUGUGUCCCCACCCCUCAACAAUACAAGUGAUUCAGAAAUGGCCUCAUCUCCGCCACCUCUCUGUCCUUGGCCUUACUGUGUUGUUCAAAGCCACUUUGGAUUGCUUGAAUGCUUCAAAAAAACCAUGAAAAGUAGCCUGACUAUGGCAUUUAGAGGCCAAGCAAUUGAGUGAAAGAUUAUCUUCUGUUAUUUAAGCAGGAGGAUGUACCCCUCUUCAUAGACUAGAAUUGCUUUUGCCAAAUUGUAUUUGAAGCUAAGGGAAGAUCUGGCCCCUGCUGGCAGAGAGAACUAGAAUGCUAUCCAAGGCACAGGCUGCUUCCUCUUGCCCACAUCCCUGCCGCUGCAGCCUCCAAAUACUGCAGCCCAGGCAUCCUCCUGUACUGGCCUUUGGAAGCAGGCCACCGAAUCCAACUCACUAGCCAUUCUCAGACUCCCAGAAAGUAGAUAGCUGCCCACUUUGGAAGAAUCAGUCCCCCAUGUUUUCUGAACUGUUAUUUCUAGCAUGUAUGGGUAAAGCUUUCAUGUGUCUCUUAAUAAGUAAGCUGAAGUUAAUGUCUAACUGGUGGAUUAAGCCUAACAUUCUGAGUUCCAUCAAGUUCUCAGCCUUUAACUAGACUCCUGUCAAUUAGUAAUGAAAUCUAUAACCUGCCUUCUCUUGCUUCUGGUCCCCAUUAGCCAAGAAAUCCACUAUUGCCAUAAAUUGGGGACAGUCCACUUAUAGCAUCUGUAGAAAUACCCCUUUGUCUCUAUGGGCAUUCUCCUUCCAGACCAUCCAUGUUAGCAGCCAGCAGUCACCUGGAUCAAUUGCUGACCCCCUUGGUCCCAGCGCCAACCAGUUUUCUCCUAGGCUGUUCGUGUGGGUGGACAGAGUUUCCGGGAAUAGAAGUUAGGUUUUGUUAGGUUUUUAUUUUGGCCUCUUGAGUUUCCUAAAGCACAAGUCCAUGUAGAAUCCUGCCACCUCUCCACACCAGUUCCAGAUGAUCUGGGUCUCUCCCACUGCCUCAGGAAGACCUUCACUGUACCUGAGCUUUUGACUUCUGCCACUGCAGCUGCCUUAGUGACCCCAGGGGAGGGGAGAAGGCAGGGAAGAGCAAGUUUGCAUCUCUCCUUUUCCUGGUUAGACUCCUUCAACCACGUUCUUAAGUUGGCAGAUCUGCUUCCAGACUGAUUUUUGAGAACCAUCACUUUCACAUUCCUAAUUCUGGUUUGUUUUGUUUUGUUUUGUUUGGGUUUUCCAAAACUUAAAAUGCUGCCCUAAAAACACUGUAUUUUUGAGUUUGUGUUCUGAAAGCCUCUGUGCUGCUGGAUCUUUGGGGGGAAAUACAGGAUCCUUCAGCACUGAGGUGUUUAAGAUUUGCAACUAGCAAUGCAAUUUUUUCUAAAUAUGAGGAUAUUUACCUUUAUUAAGAAAUUAUACUAAACAGUGGUGUCCUUGAUCAUUUUAUUUUCUCAUAUUACUUUUGAUUCUACUAUGAUUCUGUGUGGUGGUAAACAAAGAUCAUUACAAACAAAAACUAUAAUUUUGUUAAUCUUUGAGUCAAUGGAAUUUCUUUACUUGAAAAAAAUAAAGACUAAAAAUGUG